CUUCCUACUUCCUGCCGCUUAAUAACCCCCACUCUCUCUCUCUCAUAUGUAUAUUACAUACGGAGUAUAUAAAAUAUAAAAAAACUUAGAACAGAAAGCUUGAUAACUGAUAUCCCGCAAUCAUUCACCCCCUUUUCUCUCUCUCUCUAUAUGAAAUAAAUCUCUGUUCUUAUUCUCCGGAACAAACCUUUCAUCAAACAAGAUCGACAUGGUUGAAACCAGACGAAGCUCAUCUUCCUCGAAACGUCCGCUCUCUUCUUCAUGUUCUCCUCCUCUUCCCAACGGCAAAAGGUCAAAGGCGGCGGAGGCUUCGUCAUCAACGAACGAGACACCUCGUGCACCUCCGAUCGGAACCCUAGGUCCGGCGAAGGAAUCGGGUUGUGAAUCUAAGGGACUGGAGGUUCGAUCGUCUGAUCCGCCAUGUGCUGAUCUCUCCAAACCAUCCGAUGGAUUUGAUGCGACUGUACCAGAAAAAUCCGCAGCUGUUCCAGUGGAAGAUGAGCCCUUGGUGUCUCCAACGUCUCCAGGUGAUUCCGCAAUCCAUGCGGAGAAGACAAAGUCUGGUGGCUCAGUGUUGAAUCGGGCCAAAAAACGGCAACUGAAAUCAAAUGUUAAAGUCGCAUGGGGAAAGCUUCUCUCCCAGUUUUCUCAGAAUCCUCAUGUGAUUAUGAGCAGUCCCAUAUUCACUGUUGGUCAAGGCCGUCAAUGCGACUUGUCACUGAGAGAUCCAUCCAUUAGUAAAUCUUUGUGUAAUCUGAGGCGCAUAGAGCCUGAGUUAGGAGGUUCUUCUGUAACCUUACUAGAAAUUACUGGGGGGAAAGGUGCUGUCCAAGUAAAUGGCAAGGUUUACCCUAAAAAUUCAACUAUACAUCUGAAUGAAGGUGAUGAGGUGGUUUUUAGUUCAUCUGGUAAACAUGCUUAUAUUUUCCAGCACCUUGUCAGUGACAACUUAGCUGCUGCUGGCAUGCCACCUUCAGUAAGCAUAUUAGAAGCCCAUAGUGCUCCGUUUAAAGGAUUACAUUUUGAGGCAAGAUCAGGAGACCCAUCAGCUGUUGCAGGGGCAUCUAUAUUAGCAUCUUUGUCUAAUAUCAGGAAAGAGUUAUCUCUUCUUCCUCCACCGUCACGAAAUGACGAGGAUGUGCAACAAGGUCCUGAAAUGCCUAUGUUACCUUCUGCUUGUGAAGUGUCUGAUAAUCCUAUUCUGGAUGCUGACAUGAAGGAUACUGAUCAUAACGAGGAGGCCGGUAUCUCAUCGAGGGAUAAAGCUGUUAUUCCAUCUUCUGAUGCUGCUAAUGAAGGCCUGAAUCUUGAUGCCUCUAACGAUGGAGAAAUCGGCAAAGUCCCUGGGGCAACUCAUGAAUUACGGCCUCUCCUGAGGAUGCUUGCACGAUCUUCUGCUUCUGAGUUUGAUUUGAGUGGUAGCAUCUCGAAAAUUCUUGAUGAGCAAAGGGAAAUAAGAGAAUUGCUCAAAGAUAUUGACCCUCCAAUUUUAUCAUCAACAAGGCAUAAGGUGUUUAAAGAUAGGUUGCAACAAGAAAUUCUCAAUCCGAAUGACAUUGAAAUUUCAUUCGAAAACUUCCCAUAUUAUCUAAGUGAGACCACAAAGAACGUUUUGAUUGCUUCUACAUACAUACAUUUGAAAUGUAAUAAAUUUGCAAAGUACACCUCUGAUCUCCCUACCGUGUGCCCAAGAAUAUUAUUAUCUGGUCAGGCAGGUUCAGAAAUUUAUCAGGAAACACUGACCAAGGCACUUGCCAAACAUUUUGGUGCUAGACUUCUAAUAGUUGAUUCUCUUCUAUUGCCCGGCGGAUCAGUCCAAAAGGAGUGUGAUCCUAUAAAAGAAAGUUCAAAGCCUGAAAGAGCAAGUGUGUUUGCUAAACGGGCUGCCCAAACAGCUGCAUUGCAGCUCAAGAAACCAGCUUCAAGUGUUGAAGCCGAUAUAACUGGUGGGUCUACCAUAAGCUCUCAGGCUCAGCCUAAGCAGGAGGCAUCUACUGCUUCAUCAAAGAGCUAUACAUUCAAGAAAGGUGAUAGAGUAAAAUAUGUGGGCUCAGUAUCAUCUGGAUUUUCUCCUCUUCAAGCUCCUCUAAGGGGCCCGACAUAUGGUUAUAGAGGCAAAGUAAUACUUCCAUUUGAAGAUAAUGGAUCUUCCAAAAUUGGGGUUAGGUUUGAUAGAGCUAUUCCAGAAGGCAAUGAUCUUGGGGGCCUUUGCGAAGAUGACCAUGGUUUCUUUUGUGCUGCUGACUUGCUUCGCCUGGAUAACUCUAAUGGUGAUGAUAUUGACAAGCUUGCCAUUAAUGACCUGUUUGAGGUUGCUUCAAAUGAAAGUAGACACAUCCCGCUAAUUUUAUUUCUGAAAGACGUAGAGAAGUCUAUGGUGGGUAAUCCAGAGGCAUAUGCUGCUUUCAAGAUUAAGCUUGAAAGUUUAUCGGAGAAUAUAGUGGUUAUCGCUUCCCAUACCCAGAUGGACAACCGCAAGGAGAAAUCCCAUCCUGGUGGUCUUCUGUUUACGAAGUUCGGGAGCAACCAAACAGCACUCUUUGACCUUGCAUUUCCGGAUAACUUUGGUAGACUGCAUGAUAAAAACAAAGACACCCCCAAAACAAUGAAGCAGCUCACCCGUCUUUUCCCGAACAAGGUUACUAUACAGAUGCCUCAGGAUGAAACUCUACUUUUGGACUGGAAACAGCAGUUGGAUCGUGAUAUCGAGACUUUAAAAUCACAGUCAAAUAUUGUUAGCCUUCGCUCAGUUUUAAACCGAAUUGGGCUGAACUGCCCUGACCUUGAAACAGUGUGCAUAAAGGAUCAAGCCCUGACAAAUGAAAGUUCGGAGAAAAUUUUAGGAUGGGCUUUGAGUCACCACUUUAUGCAUUUCUCUGAAGUUUCGGUUAAAGAUGCCAAACUUGUGAUUUCUAGCGAAAGUAUUAGGUAUGGGCUUAACAUUUUACAGGGUAUUCAAAACGAAACCAAAAGUUUAAAGAAAUCACUUAAGGAUGUGGUUACUGAGAAUGAAUUCGAGAAAAGACUUCUCGCGGAUGUUAUUCCUCCUGGAGAUAUUGGGGUUAGUUUUGAUGACAUCGGAGCCUUAGAAAAUGUGAAAGAUACUCUGAAAGAAUUGGUGAUGCUACCUCUUCAAAGGCCAGAAUUGUUUGGUAAAGGACAGCUGACAAAGCCUUGCAAGGGAAUACUUCUCUUUGGACCUCCUGGUACUGGUAAAACAAUGGUUGCAAAAGCUGUUGCAACUGAAGCUGGUGCAAAUUUUAUUAACAUAUCAAUGUCAAGCAUUACUUCGAAGUGGUUUGGUGAAGGGGAGAAGUAUGUCAAAGCGGUGUUCACGCUGGCUAGUAAAAUUGCUCCUAGUGUUAUUUUUGUCGACGAGGUUGACAGCAUGUUAGGAAGACGUGAAAAUCCUGGAGAACAUGAAGCAAUGCGUAAAAUGAAGAAUGAGUUCAUGGUGAACUGGGAUGGUCUGCGUACAAAGGAUAAGGAACGCGUACUUGUACUUGCUGCCACUAAUAGGCCAUUUGACCUUGAUGAGGCUGUUAUCAGGAGGCUUCCCCGAAGAUUGAUGGUAAACUUGCCAGAUGCUCCAAAUAGAGAGAAAAUUUUAAGAGUUAUUUUAGCCAAGGAAGAACUUGCACCUGAUGUUAAUCUUGACGCAGUUGCUAACAUGACUGAUGGGUAUUCAGGAAGUGACUUAAAGAAUCUUUGUGUGACAGCAGCCCAUUGUCCCAUAAGAGAAAUCUUAGAGAAGGAAAAGAAGGAGAAAGCCUUGGCAUUGGCAGAGGACAGACCCUUACCUGCAUUGUGCAGCAGUUCAGACAUCCGACCUCUGAGCUUGGAGGAUUUUAAAUUUGCUCAUGAACAGGUCUGUGCAAGUGUGUCAUCAGAUUCUACAAAUAUGAGUGAGCUCCUCCAGUGGAAUGAACUAUAUGGAGAAGGUGGAUCGAGGAAGAAGAAAUCCCUCAGCUACUUCAUGUAGAGGAGGUUUCUUGAAGUGUAUAGCAUCCCUUAUUUAAUUGUUCUUUUUCACCAUCAAAGCUUAGGCUAAUCUCAGGGAUCUGUAUUGAUGGAAAUCCUGUUGCAGGUCUCUCCCUCCCAAAAGCCCUUUCCCUCUUCAGGUCCUCGUGUAUUAUAUUUAGUUUAUGGAUGUUUACCCCUAUAAAAUUUAGAGUAUAUAUUGAACAUGUUUUUAUACCAAUUUUUGCAACUCUAGCCCCCUGCUAUAUGUAUAUACCAUUCGAUUAAUUUAAUAAGCAUCCUCUUGUUGGUUUCUCUGUA